GCGUCAGUAAUGGCGGAUAGUCGGCUAUCUACAAUACGAUAGUCGGAAAGUUGGCGUGGGUCCUGUGUCGGCCGAAGCCAGCGUCGGUGUUCUGUAAAAUGGCUGACGGUGACAUUGAUUUGUACGCCGACGAUCUCGAGCAAGAUUUCGCACAGGACGAAUUUGCUGGAGAAGGUGUUGACCUGUACGACGACGUGAUCGCAGCACCUCCAGGUGGGAAUAGUGGAGGGGCAAAUUCUGGUGGCGGAGCAGGCGAUGGCGAUACAACCUCAACCAACGAGGAGACUAACGGUAGCGCUCCUUAUCAUCAAUUGGGCAACAACAUUCAGCCCAACCAAAUUGGAAGACGCCACCAACUUUACGUGGGAAACUUGACCUGGUGGACGAGUGAUCAGGAUAUAACUGAUGCGGUUCAAAGUAUCGGUGUUCCUGAUUUUGUUGAAGUGAAAUUUUUUGAAAAUCGUGCUAACGGACAGUCAAAAGGCUUCUGUGUCAUAUCCCUCGGUUCUGAACAAAGUAUGAGAAUAUGCAUGGAACGGCUUCCUAAGAAAGAACUGCAUGGACAGAGCCCAGUUGUGACAUUUCCAACCAAGCAGGCACUUAAUCAGUUUGAGUCUCAAUGUAAGACUCGACCAGCUCCAGCUCCUCAACAAAGUCAAAAUCAACGCCCACACAAUCCUCAUCAGCAUCAAACAUCCUUACCUCCUCAUCAACAACAUCCCCAGCAUUCACCACAUCCCCAACAUCCUCAACACCCGCAACAAAACCACGGCCCCAGAAUGAUGAUGGGACCGCCGCAAGGCGUGCGGAAUCAACGUAUGCCUUUGCCUGGCAUGGGACCUCCUGGGCCUGGAGGACCUGGACAACAGGGCCCUCCGAGAAUGCACGGGCCACCCAUGGGCCCUGGUGGGCCUCACCAUCCUUUACCUGGUCAUCCUAAUCAGGGUCCACCACCACCAGGCUAUCAGCAAGGUCCUUGGAACGGACCAAGACCCAAUGGUCCACCCGGACCACCGCGAGGGCCUGGCGGACCUGGUGGCCCUCCACAGCAAGGACCACCAGGAUCAGGACCUGGACCGCAACAUCGGCCGCCCGGAAUGCAAUUUCACGGCGGACCACCUGGACCUCCGGGACAAGGGCCGCCUCGUGGACCACCUGGUCAUCCUGGAGGACCGCCUGGUGAUCCUAGAGGAGCCCCACCUCGUCCAGACUGGAAUAGACCUCCGGGGAUGCAUCAUGGACCUCAGGGACCACCAGGUUUCCCUCAACAUCAACACAUGCAAGGUCCGCAGCCAGGUCAAGGCCCCCCGCAAAGAGGACCUCCUCCAGGUUCAAUGGGUGCAAUGUUACCAGGUCCAGGUGGACCUCCACCAGGACAUGGUGGGCCACCUCAAGGGCCACCACAAGGUCCGCCAGGGGGACCCGCUCCUCACGUGAAUCCAGCAUUCUUUCCGCAAGGUCCGCCACAUCAACAUCCCGGACAGCAUCCUGGUGGGCCCCCGGGACCUCCUGGUCCACCUCAUGGGCCACCUCACGGACCACCACACGGACCUCCGCAUGGCCCACCUCAUGGUCCACCGCAUAAUCAACCCCAUGGACCUCCACAUGUACCUCCGCAUCCCUAUGGACCACCUGCUGUACAGCCUCCAUAUGGAGCUCCAGGUCCGGAUCACAGGCCUGAAGGACCACCGCCACUCACUGAACAAGAAUUUGAAGAAAUCAUGGGUCGAAAUCGCACGGUAUCAUCUUCGGCGAUAGCUCGUGCUGUAUCAGAUGCAGCUGCAGGAGAAUAUGCUAGUGCCAUUGAAACCUUGGUUACGGCUAUAUCCCUCAUAAAACAAUCAAAAGUAGCAGCUGAUGAUCGUUGCAAGAUUUUGAUAAGUUCACUGCAAGACACUCUACGUGGGGUGGAGACGAAAAGCUAUGGAUCCGCACGCAGAGAACGGUCACGCUCGCGUGACCGCGAAAGGAGCCACCGAAGGCGAAGAGAUCGUUCAAGGAGUCGCGAUAGAGAAUAUAGAGAGCGUAGCAGGGACAGAGACCGGGACAGAGAUAGGGAACGUGACCGUGAAAGGGAACGUGAUCGUGAUCGUGACAGGGAACGCUACUACAGCGAACCUUAUCCUAGAGAGAGAUCACGCAGCAGGGAGAGAGAGCGUGAACGUGAACGAGAACGUGAAUACAGGGAACGUAGCAGAGAAGAAAGUACAACACGUCAGGCAGCCAGGCCGCGAGUUAAGGAAGAACCUCCAGAGGCGGCGCCUGUACCAUCAUCCAAGUCGUCUAGGUAUUAUGACGAUCGCUACAGAGAACGUGGUGAACGUGAAAGGGAGCGAGAACGAGAAUCGAGCAGAAGACCGGCGGAGCGUGAACGAGAGCCGGAACGUGAACGCGAGAGAGAACGGGAACGGGAUCGGCGCGACGAGAGAGGCGACUCUUCACAUCGUUCAAGACAUUGAAUAACCUCGGGACACACCGAUGUACCAGAUUGACAUCUGCAAUACUAUGCAGACCGUCGUCGUCCAGUUCGUCUUCUUCAUCUUCUUCGAGUUGAUGCUUAUCAUUAUCAUGGACAUACUUCCUUUUACUCUCCAUAGGAUUUUAUGACUGGGUGUUUAACAUAAAGAAUAAUUACAGAUGCAAUCGAGUGAUAAAGUUGUGGCAGAUUGAUACAAUAUUUUCUUUUUUUUUUUCUUUUUUUUUUUUAAUCAUGAAUCGAUUCUUAUAACCGGUACAAAAAAUAUGUUGAUAGCAUACGCUCUUUCAUGCUAGUUGGUUUUACAAUGUAAACACAUUCUAUAGAGUUAACUAACAUUUCCACAUUUCAAUGUUUCCUAACAUAUAAAUAUUGUGUAACGAUAGCGUAGGUAUAUUCAUACACAUAUGUAAACAGCAUAAUCGUAAUUAAGAAGAUUUUACUUGUUUGAAUAUGCUGACACUUAUAGAGUAGGUACAAAUGUUAGUUUCUAAAGUAAUGUUCAUGUAAAACGACACACUGUUUUUGACUUUUGCUGUAACUAAUAGUAAUUAAGACAGAAAUAUGACGAAGAAACGAAUAUGGAUUAAAUACUUGAAGAAUCUUGAAAACGAACAAUCACAAUAACGGAUAUUACAACGUAUUCAAGAGGAAUGAAGACAUCUAUACAAAAUUCAACAAUCAUCAUACCUCCACAACGAUGCCAAGAUUGUAUCUUAAUCUAAUACAAAUAUUCGCUUUCAAAAUAUACAUGUAAAACAUGAUUUUACUUUAUUCAUCUGUGCAACACAAUAUCCUUGAAUUGUUAAUUUACUUUAAUAGAUAUGAAAUUUUAUUUCAUUCAGUCAAUCGAUUAGUAUAAAUUAAUAGUUUAGUCCCAAUGUUUAGUACGGUGAAGUCAUUUUCACUUGAAACAUUCAAUAAUUCCAAAAUUAGACCUAGAGUUAAACAUCUUUCCUAAUGUUACAAUCAUUGUUCACUGUAAUACUGCAUUUCAAUUGAAAUUCGCAUGGCGAUACAUGUGCCUGUGCAUAAAGUGUUUCGAUGUACUCUGAAAUGACUUCGAACUGUUGUUUUCAUCAAAGUUUUGAUCAAAGUUUGAGUUAUCACCUAUUUGAAAACAGUAAAUCGCGCAAUCUUGUUUUGUAUACGUUUGAUUGUAGGUAUGAAAUAUUGUUGACAUUGAUAAAAAAUUUGAUGAAAUAACAGUAAACAAGUACAUGAUUGAAAACAAUUUUUAAGAGAGAUCUUAGUUCAAUUUUAUGUGAAUGAAUUAUUUUUUCCCCAAGUUGAUGCCUCGGCGAGAAUUAACUGGUGGAAAGAAUUUAUGUAAUGAAUUCGAGACUUCAAAAAUAUCACAUUUUUUUACAAAACGAAAUUGUAGUCGACCAAGCAAACAAUUCUCUAAUAUGACUUUAAAAUUCGCCAAUGGGAGACUAGCCAGCAAUAACCAUCAUAAACUCAAUUUGAGUGUUCCUGAAAUUAAAUCGCGUGUAAAAUAAUAUUGAGCGAUAAACUGAGCUGUGCGAAGUACUUCAUUCUUUAAUUUAUGCCUAAUACGUUCCUAAUUAAAAUUCAUAUACAUGUUUUGAUUUCAUUUACUCCAAAUUGGGAAUAUUUUUAUUUGAAUAUAUUAACGUAGCAUUAUUAUGCAUAUUCUCAAAUGGUGUAGGAGUACUAUCGUAAAUCCCAAGCUUAAGUUCUACCUAAUAAUUCUCCCUUGCAAACUUUUACUACAUCUGUACUUCACAGAGUAAUCCUUUAGAAACUCCAAAAUACCUUGACACUUAUAUUUUACGUUUACUUUAAGUGUAAAUUAUUGAUUGCAUGGUAGUUCUAUGUUCACAUAUAAAUUUCACAAAGAAAUUACUGGUUCAUAAGAACUUAAAGAUAUAUCCCGGUAUUCUUUGAAUCGUACUUACUUUCUACUAUGAUAGUCUGUUACAAGACACUAGUUAUCUUCAUGGUAAUACAAUUGUUGGUGAACGAAAUGUAAAAAACGUCUAAAGUGUUAUUCAUUA